UCACGGCAAUGCCAAAUGCGACGGGGCUUUGGGUGUGGUGUGAUGAUUGCUGGGUAUAAAUACGGACCUUCUCGAGAUCCCCAGACAUACACACCACAAUCUCGUCGUGAAAAAAGCUCCUCUCUCAACUUCGCAAUGUACAAGAUUGUUUUGCUUCUGUUGGCUUUGGCCGCUAUCGUCUUCGCCAUGGAGACCCAAGAUCAGGAAUCUGCUGAGCAAUACUACCGCAUCCAUGGCGUCUACCCAUCGUGGUACCCAUAUGGAGCCGUUCGCGCUUUCGGUAGCUACCCAUACGGUUACAACUACGGCGCUUAUCCCUUUGGUGUCCGAAACUACUACGGAGCUGCUUACCCCGGCUAUAGCUACGGCUACGGUUACGCUUAUUAAAUACCUGAAACAUCUUCCCUCGGUUUUUUUACUCUGUGCUGCCUCUCAAUAAUAUCAAACAGCUCAUCACUUGAUAUAUGCCGUAUACAGCCUUUCACUUAUUCUCGAUUUGAUUUUAUGAUAGAAUUCGAAUUAAGCCUCUUUGUUAGUACAACAUCAAAAACUGUCGAAACAUUAUGCAAUACAGUGACAAUGUAACUCUUUUAA